AUGAUUUAUUUAGAGAUUGUUUUUAUUUCGCUAAAUUCAAAUGAUCUUCAAAGCCAACAAAAAAAAAUCCUAGAAGAAUUAAAUUUAAGGAAACAACUUUUGAAAUCUGGAACAGCUCAAACGUUAAAUCCCAGUGCUCUUAGCAGUCCUAUUGGAGUAUCUAGUAUUAAUUCCAAUCAGACUUCAGAAAAUCAAUCUAACCUUGCCAGAGCUGCCCAUGCUAAUAGUCUUUUACAACAUGCAAACAGUACAUCUUUUGGAUAUUUCAUUCCACAAGAAUCGUCAUUUGGUAACAACAUUUUAGCCGUUUUUCCUAGGAUGGCUUGUAUGAAAUUAAAAGCACUAGAACAGCACAUUCAAGAAAUUAAAACUUUCACCAGGCCUAAAGUAAAGCUAGAACAAUAUGCUACUAUGCCCCAUAUAUGUGCAAGAAUGUUACACUCUAUUCAGUCUUGUUAUGAUGACAUUGAAGGAAAAAUCAUAGCAGAUCUUGGAUGUGGAUGUGGUAGUUUAUCAAUUGGUUCAUGUCUUUUAAAUUGUGAAUUUUGUGUUGGUGUCGAUGUUGAUUCUGAUGCAUUAAAAAUAUGCCAAGAAAAUAUCCAAGAGUUUAGCAUUGAAAACAUUGAUUUAAUUAUGUGUGAUGUGACUAAAAAUGUUAUUUCAUUAAAUGACAAAAAAUUUGAUACUGUUAUAAUGAAUCCUCCUUUUGGAACGAAAACAAAAGGUUUGGACAUUGAAUUUCUUAAAUUAGCUUUACAACUGACUGAUAAUGCUGUGUAUUCUUUACAUAAGACUUCCACACGAAAUUAUAUAAUAACAAAAGCCCAAUCAUUGGGUGUUAAAGUGGAUGUUCUUGCAGAAUUAAAUUUCGAUUUGCCAGCUACAUAUAAAUUUCACAAAAAAGACUCAGUCGAUGUCAAAGUUGAUUUUGUAAGAUUUUACUAUCAAUAA